CGAAAACAAAAUAAAAAGGCAGACGGUGCUUCGUCACCUUCCCAUUCCUCUCUCUCUCAAACUUAAUCGAAUCUACUCCGAUUCCGGUUACAUGAUUAUUCCGUGUGUAUGAUGAUGAUUUCGAAAAGCUGAAGUGGAGGAGCAUCAGCGUGCAAAAUAAGCUCUCAAUAAGUUCACAGGAUUAUUUUCUGUAGCAUUAGGACUUCUUAUUAUUAUUGUUGUUCGUAGCGUUCUUACGCUAGCGUUGUUUUAGUACGGUGGAGCUCCCUCGAAACAUGUCGAGCGGACCCGUUAGAAGGGUCUCGCGGCAAGAUAUACAGCUGGUGCAAAAUCUUAUAGAACGAUGCCUUCAGCUAUACAUGAACCGGAGGGAAGUUGUGGAAACACUAUUGGAUCAAGCAAAGAUAGAGCCUGGUUUUACCGAACUCGUUUGGCAGAAGCUUGAAGAAGAAAAUCGAGAAUUCUUCAGGGCUUAUUAUCUUAGAUUGAUGGUGAAGAACCAAAUAGCUGAAUUCAACAGGUUGCUUGAGCAACAGGUGCAGUUAAUGCGUCAGAUGCACCCAACUGGAAUUUCUUCGAUGGCUACUUCUAAUGGAUCUCAUAUUUCACCUUUGCACACGAACUCAAGUGGCUAUGCCCCUGAGCAUACAGUACCAGCUGUGAAGUCAGAGAACAUCCACCACCCUAUUGGUUCCGGUUUAUCUAAUGCAUUUACUAAUGGAGGAUCACUUUUGCACCCAAGUAUGCAUGCUGCCAUUCAAAUGUCUGCUCAUUCUAGUCGGAUUGAUGUCCCACCAAAUAUGCUAUCAGCACAGAGCUUAAAUGUGGGUAUGAUUCAAGGAAUAAAUGGGGGGAUGAUCAAAUCAGAAACAGGAUAUUCAGGCAGUUCCCCUUACAUGUUUGAUUCAGAUGGAAAUGCCCCAGAAGUGCGUCCAACAAUUGGGGAUGCAUCUGUUGCUUCUUUCACCAGCGUAGAGUCCAACUCACAACCCCUGCCUGAAUCAGUUCUGGAUGCAGACACCAGUUCUUUUGGACUUCUACUCCAGAUUCCUCGAAUUUUCAGUCUCUCGGACUUGACAGAGGACUUUUCUCAGAGUUCUGAUAUUCUGGAGAGUUACCCUCGCUCGCCCUACCUGGGAACAGAUUCUGAGAACUUCCUUGAUUCUCGCGAAAGAGGAGAACAAGGUGACAAUAGAAGGUUGGACACUAUAUCAGAAGGCUUGAGCUAUGAAGACUUUGGGAGUGAAUAGUGGGUAAGCUGAUGCUGCUUUUUUAGGAAAAAGAAAAUAUUUUUGAGGUCUAACAGCAAAAUCUCAAGGAAAGAAGCGUUUGUACAUAUCAUUUUAUAACUGGAGCAACCAGAUUUUAAACUCCUCGAAGGCAUUGAUUGGUGUGUAGAAGUUCAUGCAACUAUUUUUUUUUUUAUCGUGUAUUGAUAAAAGAUUCGACACUCUGUGUGCUUUUUCAGUCUAGUUUUCUAGGAAAAUACCUCUCUCCCCCAGAAGGGGAAAAAUUAAAAGAAAUAAACGUAAAUGGGCUUUUGGUGACAAUGAGAA